AUGAUGUCUCCCAUAGUUGGCCGCCUGCUGCUACUCGUUUGUUUGGCGUUGCCGCUUUAUGGCGUGGAAAAGGUGAGAAAUAGAGGAUACCGAAAGGAUCCUGACGCGGAUAAGUUUGGCAGCUGCAUGCAGGGUCCAGCUGGGACUACUGGACGAGAUGGUAACCCAGGAGCCAAUGGUAUUCCAGGCACACCGGGUAUCCCAGGACGUGAUGGAAUGAAGGGAGAGAAAGGAGAGUGCAUCAGUGAGAUCUUUGAGGAGCCCUGGAAGCCAAACUACAAACAGUGUGCAUGGAACUCACUCAACUAUGGUAUUGACCUGGGAAAAGUAGCUGACUGCACAUUCACAAAGCUCCGCACUGACAGCGCUCUCAGGGUCCUGUUCACCGGUUCUCUCAGACUCAAGUGUAAGAAUGCAUGCUGUCAGAGAUGGUACUUCACCUUCAAUGGAGCAGAGUGCACUGGGCCUCUCCCCAUAGAGUCCAUUAUCUACCUGGACCAGGGCAGUCCUGAGCUGAACUCUACUAUCAACAUCCACCGGACAUCCUCAGUGGAAGGGCUGUGUGAAGGAGUGAAAUCUGGACUGGUGGAUGUGGCCGUCUGGGUGGGGACCUGUGCAGACUAUCCCAGGGGUGAUGCUUCUACAGGCUGGAACUCUGUAUCUCGCGUUAUCAUUGAGGAACUGCCAAAAUAA